AUCAUUAGCGAUAAGUUAAAGUAUAUACGGUAAUGGUUAAAACCGUAAUAGUCGGAGGUGGGAUAAUGGGUAUGUCUAGUGCUUAUCAGCUUUGCCAAAGAGGUCAUGAAGUUACAGUUAUCGAACGUUCUACCGUGGCUUCCUCUGCUUCGGGAAAAGCUGGCGGUUUUUUGGCGCGGGACUGGGGGAACGCUGUUACAAGGGAACUUCACGAGCAAUCCUUUAAGCUCCAUGAACAACUGAGUAAAGAAUUUGGUUUAAAGACUUACCGUAAGGGCUUACCAACUUUACAAGUUAACUUCUCUAGUAAAAGCUUUUCUGAUCUUAAGGUCAAUUGGAUCAAUGAAGAAAUUGGGUUAACUCUUUUCGGAAAUUCUGAAUUCGCUCAGGUUACUCCUUACGAAAUCACUACGGCUUUUUUGAAGCACUCGAAAGUUCUUGGAGCUAAUUUAAUUAUUGCUGCUGUGGUUGGAGUGGAAUUCCAAAAUUCUACUAGUUUCCAAAAAAAUUUAAAAGGCGUUUAUAUUAACCGCAGCUUGGAAAACAGUACUGACGACUUGGAGCUAAUCGAAGGGGACAACUUUCUAUUUUGUUUGGGACCUUGGUCUGCUUUGCUGGAGAGUUGGUUUCCUGGAUUUCGAAUACCGAUGGCGGGGAUCUAGUCUUCAAGGUCUGAAUUUUUAUGUUUAUCACUUUUUUUUUUCAUUAAACAAAAAUACCAAACUUCAUUGUUUAUAAUUAUUCGGAUGUAAACUAUAUCUAAUAUACAGAAACAACAGAGGAUGAGUACCGUAUAGCUUUUUGAAGCUUUUAACGUCUACCUUUAAUAUCUACCAGCUUUGAAAUAGAACCACUAGAGUCACUUCGAAAGGAGCCCUUCGCUCUAUUUUGCGAAGAAGAUGAUAACAACUGCCACUUGGAAGUGUAUCCUCGUCCAGACGGAAGUUCCUACAUCUGGUACGCUUAAGCGGGAACAAGCCUUUGUAGAGAGCGUGUGUGUUAUUACAGUCGAGAUAUCCCGCAGUCUUGGAAUUAUUCCUUCAAGUAAUUGUUAAAGUCAAUCAAUAAAUAGUGGGCUUGGCGGGUCAGUUCACGCUAAAAAGGCCGACCUUCUGCCCGGAGGCUGCCUUAGUAGCCCAGAACUACUCGAGGCCGAUCCUCGACGAGUCGAGGCCGCUUUGGAUUCUCUAAGAAACAUUUCAAAGGACCUUUUUGGUGACAAAAAUAAGUAUUCCGUGAGGAAAGCAACAAGCUGCAUGCGGCCCUUCCUACCUGACGGAUAUCCGUCCAUGGGCGUAAUCCCAGGCACAAAUAAUACCUACGUGUGCGCGGGACAUAACUGUUGGGGGAUUCUGUGGGGGCCCGUCUCCGGCCUCGUAAUGGCUGAACUAAUCCACUCGGGAAAAACAUCUAUCAACUUGCGGAACUUCCAGCCGGGGAGAUUUAUGUGACGGUACAAAUCAGUUGGAGGUACUCAAAAGU